AUGAAGACAAAUCGGAUAUUUCUGAUAUUUUUGCUGAUUUUGGCGGGUGUUUGGUGAGUUUUUUGGGGGCUUUAGGGGCUUUUCUAGGCUUAAAGUACGUUUUAAGAGUUUAUAGGGUUUCUAAAGGCUUUAAUAAAGUUGUAUGUGGAUUUUUAGGGCUUUUCUAGGCUUUGAAAACAUUUUUCAAACAGUCAAGAGCUUCAUCAGCCUUUUAAAGGCUUUCUAAGGCUUUUAAGCCCUUUUCAAGAAUUCAAGGGCUUUCAUAGGCUUCUGGAAGAUUUCCUCAGACUUCCUUAGGCUUUCCUGGACCUUUUCUAGCUUCUUAAGGCUUCUUAAGGCUUUUGAAGGCUUUCUUAAGUGUCCUUAGGUUAUUUUAGGCUUUUCCAGGCUCCCUUAGGCUUUUCUGGGCUUCUUUAGGCUUUCCCAGAUUUGCUUAGGCUUCUAAAGGCUUUUGAAGGCUUUCUUAAGUGUCCUUAGGUUAAUUUGGGCUUUUCUGGGCUUUUUUAGGCUUUUCUGGACUUUCUUAGGCUUCUCGAAGAUUUCCUCAGGCUUUCCCAGAUUUCCUUAGGCUUUCCAAAGGUUAUAGGCGUUCAUUAGGCUUCCGGGACCGUUCAGAGCCUUUGAUUGGGGCUUUCAGGCUCUCGUAGACGAUUAGAGGCUUUUCUGGGCUUCCUAGCUUAAAAAAUGCCAAAUUUUCAAGCUAGAACCCCUAAAAAUCAUCCAAAAGCCUGAUUUUUUGUCUAGCCAGGCCCAAAAUGGCCUAGAAAUCCUCCAAAAACCCUCCAUUUUUUAGCGCUCAAUACGGUGGCGGCUACUGGCGUCCACCUCCACCUCCUCCACCCGGACCACCUCCCCCCUGGGGACCUCCACCACCUCCGCCACCACCAUGGGGACCCCCACCGCCGUGGGGUCCCCCACCUCCACCUCCGCCGCCUCCGCCUCCGCCACCAUAUUGGGGCUGA